AUGUCCUCCUCCCUAGCACGCGCCCGCUCGCUGCGGAAGCCGACGCAGGGCUCCACGACGGACCUCACCUCAUCAUCCACCUCGACCUCCACGACCUCGUCCACCGCCGUGCCCCAGCGCAAUGUCUCCCCAAGCCGCCUCCCCGCGCCCCGUCCGACCCGUCCGACCACCCGUGCCGUAUCAAGCGGCAGUCUCAACGACGCCGCCGGAGCAGCAGCGGCAGCUAAGAAGAAGCCCUCGCCGCUCUCGAACCUCCUGUCCCGAACCUCCUCGACGCGCCAGACCGCACGCAAAGAUGCCUCCUCCUCUUCCACAACCUCCAACGGCCCGCCGAGUGCGCCUUUGGCGAGGUCAACGGCGUCAUCACUCUCCCGCACAUCCUCGACGCGAGACCCCGCCGCAGGGCUGAAUAGGCUUCGAAACCCAGCCGCCUCCUCGACGAGUAACCUAGCAAACACAAGCACAAGCACAUCUUCAAGCCGCCCGACGACAUCCAGCGGUCUCGCACAAAAGCGCACAACACCCACAGGCGGCAGCGCACCAUCAGAACCCGUCCGCGGCCACACGCGCGCGAGGAGCGUCGCGACGCUGAAUGGAAGCACCACACUCCGACCGCCGUCGCAAUCCUCCUCCACCACAUCCGCAGCCCCGAGGCCACGCCCGACCUCAAUGUACGGCGCCCCGACGACCUCGAGCACUACAGCAGCGGCACCCUCCCACCUGUCGUCAAAACCCUCCAUCUCAUCCCUCUCGUCACGAACCCGGGCCUCGAGCACAGCCUCAAAGACCCAACCGCCCGCGAGACCGCCGGCCCGCCAACAAACAACCCCGACAUCACCCACGCGCACGAAGGCUCCUCCGCCGCCCAAGCCGGUCGCCGCGACGAGGCAACAACAACAAGCCUCCCCGACCUCGCCCCCGCGCAACAAACCCCUACUCAAACCCGCCUUCACGACCCUCCAGCAGCACUACUCCCCCGCCAAGAACCUCGCCCCGAAACCCCUGACAGCGACCUACCUCGCGCCCCCCUCCCCCUCGAAACUCCCCACCAACGUCGCCCUCUCGGCAGAGACCUCCCGUCUCCAGACCGAGCUCCUCCAGCUCCACCUCCUGCACCGCGAGCUGCCCGUCGUGACGUCCCAAUGGCACGCCUCGGCCCGCCAGAAACUUUCCGCCCGCCACGCCGAGCUGAACAAAUCGUCCAAGGAGCUCUCCGCCCUUGAAGCCGACGCCGCCGAGAGGAUCAACGUCUUCGCGCUCCACCGCUGGGCGUCGUCGUCACCCAACGGGAAAAACCGCGGCGUCCUCGAGGAAAAGAUCCAGCGUCUCGACGCCCUCCUCACGGCCCUCUGGUCCCUCGACUCCCCCGGCGGCAAACACAACCGCCUCGUCCGCGCCUUCGAGCGCUGGGCCUCCUCCCUCUCCGAGCUCGAGGCCGCCCGCGCCAGGGCCGACGACGACGCCGACCCCUCGGGCCUGCUCGACGCGAACCUCGACGUCCGCUUCGGCGGCGGCCUGGACGCGCGCUGGAAGGACGAGUGCGCCGCCCUCGUCCGUCGGCUCGAGGGCUGGCAGACGCAGCUGCGGGACCUGGCGUACCACGAAGAGGAGGCCGUAGAGGAGGAGAUUGACGAGGGGAAGGAAGCCCAGGCGUCGAGCUUGAAGCGCAUGCUGGACGGGUGCGGGAGCCUGGUCAAGGACAUGCUCGGCGAGCUGGCGGUCAUGGAGGAGAUCGAGGCCGCGGCGGUCGAAAGGGAGACGGAGUGGAUUCGGAAAAUGAACCGUCGGGGCGAUGACGGAAAAAGAGAUACCCCUAGGGCGGGUGCCAUUUGGAGAACGAUUUGA